AUGGGACGAACACCUGAAGAGCUCCUCGUUCUUGCAGAUAUCAAUCCGGAGCUUGACCAGAUCUUGAAAGAUUCUCCUAUGCCACCCCCUGUGGACCCCGAUAUCGAUAUCCCAAAACUGCGUGCAGCUAUUCUUGCAAGGAGAAAGGAAGUGGCAGCUCCGAACCCAGCGAAGGAGGUAUCAUACGUGGAGGAGGACCGCCAAAUUCCUGUCCGAGACGGAAGCUCUAUUGCAGUCCGAAUCCACAAACCACAGGCCGUUCCUAAUGAUGGGUGUCCUAUUUUCGUGGUCUAUCAUGGCGGAGGCUUCACGCUUGGCGGUCUAGAUGAUGAAUCCUUGAUGUGUAGGAACUUUACAGAGCUUGGAGGAAUAGCAGUCAACGUUGACUACAGGCUUGCGCCAGAACAUCCGUUCCCAGUACCUAUUGAAGACGCUUUCGAUGCAUUGAAAUGGACUGCAGCAAACUUUGAAGAGCUAGGGGGCAACCCCAAGAAAGGCUUCCUCGUCGGAGGAAUCUCUGCUGGUGGUAAUUUCGGAGCUAUUGUCUCCCAUUUGUAUCGGGACGAAAGGCUGUCUCCACCUUUGACUGGCUCCUAUCUUUCUAUACCCGCUUGCAUGACAGCAGAACUAGUCCCUGAGAAGUACAAAGCUGUAUUUCUUAGCCGAGAACAGAACAUGAACGCCCCUAUUUUGAACAAGAAUAGCAUGCGGCUAUUUGACCGCCAUUACAAUUCGGACAAACGUUCACCAUUGGCCAAUCCAAUCAAUUUCAGAUCCCACGCAGGUCUCCCACCGACGUACUUCCAGAUUUGCGGAAUGGACCCGCUCCGCGAUGAGGCGCUGAUUUAUGAAGAGAUAUUGAGGGAAGAAAAUGGAGUCAAGACCCUAGUGGAUCUUUACCCCGGCCUUCCACACGGUUUCUGGUCUUUGUGGACCGAAGCUGGUUUUACGAAGACUUUUCGAGAUGAUUGCGUGAAGGGGAUGAAGUGGCUGCUGGAACAGAGCAAGCAAUAG